CUGUUAUCUUUGUUCCAAAGCAGCAGCUUCUGAUUCCCAACCCUAAAGCCACACCUUGCCCUAGCAUUUAGAUAUUCAUGGCAUGGAAAUCUUGAUGAGCUGGAUCGGGUACAUUGCUUAAAGUCGGGAACUGAUUGGACAAUGACGAACCAAAAAAAUAAAAAAAUAAAAAAAAUAACAUAAAUAAUGCGGAAAACUCUCAAGUUGUGCACAUUUUCCUUCCAGCUUGUUAGAGUGUAGCCAACCUGAACUUGCCCUUUGCUACUUUUUAGCCCUUCCCCUACCGCGCGCGACAAAAAAAAGCCCCCCUGCCAGUGUCUGAUCUCAACACUCAGACGGACUGCUCUUCAGACUCGGACGAAUAAAGACACACGGUUCAUGAGAAAAAGAAAAGAAGAGUUACUGCUGGAGCUAUUUUCGAUUCCGUAGUGAGACUUUAAAGCGAAGGCGGCUGUGAUUGGGCAGUGCGGAGUCACGCGGUGUGCACUCGCGCCCGUCCGUGAACGCGACUCUGCCUGCGCUAGCGGCGGCUCGAGCUCUCCGGAUCCUCCUCACAAUUAUUCUUAAUUACUCAAACCUUUUUUCCGCUUCAUUCCUUCAAUAAGAAACCAUUUUCUUUUCGUGAGACGGUGUUUCCCCCCAUCAUGGGCGACAAAAAGAGCCCGAGCAGGCCAAAAAGACAAGCCAAGCCGGCGGCGGAUGACGGUUACUGGGACUGUAGUGUGUGUACAUUCAGGAACAGCGCGGAAGCGUUUAAAUGCAGCAUCUGCGACGUACGGAAGGGUACAUCCACAAGGAAGCCCAGGAUAAACUCCCAGCUGGUGGCUCAGCAGGUGGCGCAGCAGUACGCCACCCCUCCCCCUGCAAAGAAAGAAAAGAAGGAGAAGCCGGAGAGACCUGAGAAGGAGAGGGCCGAUGGCGAGCGACCAGAGCGGAACCUGCCUGAUGUUGAACACCCAGCCAAGGAGAAGGUUGAGAAGGACCAUGCUGACCAGGAGAAGAAGGACCGAGAGAAAGAAAUCACUGUUGCCCUACCAAAGAAACCCAGCAGCAAAAAGACCAGGCCCAAGAUGGACAACCAUCAAAGCCCACCAAGUGAAAGAAACAGUAUACAGUCUGGGAAAUCGACCACCAAGACUAAAAACUCUCACAUCUCAAGCAGACCCAAAUUGAAGAACGUGGACCGGAGCACGGCCCAGCAGCUGGCCAUCACGGUGGGGAACGUGACGGUAAUCAUAACGGACUUUAAAGAGAAGACGCGUUCGUCCUCCACGUCCUCCUCGACGGUGACGUCCAGUGCCGCCUCUGAGCAGCAGCACCCGAGCUCGGGCUCCGAGAGCAUGGACAAGAGCUCGUCACGUGCCUCCACUCCUAAACGAGACCUCUCACUUGGCCAUGAUGAGUCAUUCUGAGCCUUCAAACGGCUCUUGGACAUUGUGGAGAAUGCUGGGUGUUCUGCAGUUCUCCUAUGCCCUGCUCUCAUUCCGCCCAUCUGCUUUCUAUUACCAAAAGAGGGACGAAUGUCUGCUACAUCCCCCACAUUUACACAAACGUUGAUGUGCGCAUACGUUCCCUGAUUGGAGAUAAUUUCAUCUCUCUGGACCCUUAGCAGUGGAUUCUCAGCAUCACACCUUGGUAGCACUGGAGUGACAGCAGGGCCAAUGAGAUGGCAUCCCCACUCUUGUAUGUAUUGUUUUAUACUUGUAAGUAAACAUCUGGCUGAAUCAACAACUUUCUUUUUUUUUUUUUUUUGUUUUUUUUUUGUAUUAAAAAAAAGGUCUGCUGUGCACAAUAACCACCUACACUUUAACAAUUUCCUGAAUAGCUAUGACACUUAUUUAUUAUCUGUCGUGUCUUAAUACUUUGAGAUUUUUCCCCAUUGAAGCUUCGCUAAGUAGCAUGGCUGAUGGUUCCAUUUUACAGUUUUAAUGAUAUUUUAAUGCGUUUGAAUUGUUUUCCUGGAGCCCCCUGAGAAACUGUCCCACAUUGGUGCUAGCUACACUGUGAAUCCUUUCUUUUUUUUUUUUUCCUUUCCUGCUCAGACUGUCUUUCACACUUCAAGGUCCUUAAGCCUAUUUCACUCCUUUUUCUGUCACUCCACAUCAGCUAUUCUUUUUUUUCUUUUUUUUUUUUUUUCUUCUUCUUCCUUCCUUUCUUUCUUUCUUUCUCUCCCCCAAGUGAGUGCUGGCUGUCUGCUUUUCAUGGUGGCAUUUUCAGCCCUCGUUUUGCCUGGCAGGUCUGAUUUUCUAGCUUUUCCACAGUCCAGACUUUGUAACCUGGUCCCUGUGAUGCCUGUCUUUUGACAUCUGUGAAUAGAACCUCAUCUUUUACACUUGCAGUGCAGUUUCUAUGAAUUAAUGGCAUUGUUUGGCAGAGGUAUUUUGUAACUUAUUGGUUAUUUAUGGCAUGUAGUACAAACACUAAACACGUUGAAGUCAAGAAACUAGUCUAAUUGGUCUGGUUUUAAGUUAUGCCAUACCGACCCACAUUAUCAUUUUCUUACAGAGUGCGUUCCAGCAUACCUGAAUCACAGUUACAGCUUCAGACUUUUUGUUUGGUGAAGGAUAAAAUAAGACAAAAUGAAGAUCUAGACCGUAACUUGGGCCUCGGGUGACUUACUAAUUGUUUAGAACCGCAUGAUCUCGCUGAAGGGAAACGGAGGACACAAUAAGUUUGUGUUUUUUCUUCUUUUUGGUCACAUUGUCCAGUGUUCAGCUGUGUUUCAGACAAACUCUCACACCCUGCCAUAAUGGCCAACAAUAAGAGUAGUAAUGCCUAACUAUCCCUUAAAAAAAAUAAAAUAAAUAAAUAAAAAAUAUCCACUUAGCUUCCUCUUGAACUGUAUUAAACCUGUAUAAAGUAUGUGUAUAUGAUACGAGUUUUAUUUAUUGAAGGACCAAAGGAAUUUGAUAUUGACAUGAUAGACAAAUAAUUUGAAAUGUAAUGAUCAUAUGUGUGAUAUACAGUAUAUAUAUAUAUUAAAAAAAAUACAUUUUAAAUAAAAUCUAAUAUAAUCCAUAUCUAAUUCUUGCUAAUUCUUGUCCACAACAUACUGUGAAACUCAUCAGUUGCUUUGGAAUCAAACCUGUAAAGACCACAUCAGCGUUAGAUGUUGUACGUUACCGCGUCGACUCUUCCGAGACGCGGUCGGUUAGAGGGUCACUUCUUGUACAACAGUAUUGCAAUAUUUUAAAGUUUGGUCAUCGAUUGAAUUGCUUAAUAAGUAAUGUUCUAGUAACCGGUUAAUGUUUAGAAUCAGAAGUGUGAACAGCUGUGAAAUAGAUCACUUGUGUAUCACUUGUAACAGAAUUGAAGACUCGGUUUUUACUCCUCCAGUGACGGGAUGAAUUGAAGUUUUGUUUUUGUUUUCUUUCUUCCAGUGGCUUUGGGAUAUGUUCUUUUGAGACAGCAGUAGUGCAUAGUCCUCUAGUGUUGUGUACAAAUGAAGGCUUUACUGGGUCGGUUUGUGAGACAGUAACCACGUCUUGUUUGUGUAUUUGUGAUAUUAACCAGUGGACUUUUUUUUUUUUUUUGUUGGAUUCUGAAAGCAUCACGUUGUAACCACUCUCGAAGACUCGCAUCACCCGAUCUGUGCUUAAUUCAACUGAACCAUGUUUAUGUGGUUCGCUUGGCAGUUGUACUGAAUUGGUAAGACUUUUUUUUUUAAUUUUUAUUUUCUUUUGAGAAUAUGCAAUGUGAACACAACAUGAAGAAAACUACAUUGGGCAAAUUACCAAAAAAAAAAAAAAAAAAAAGUGUGGGGGCGGGGUCUAUUUAACGUUUCAAAAGCUUGCCACAUUUGAACCCACUUGCAGUUGUUGGAACUUGCUGAGCACUGUAUAGCCUACUUCUCCAUUUCUUCUGAAUAUAGCCAUCUCUUCACUUGCCUUACCCACGAUCAUAAGCGGUUAGCUAACUUUUUUUGUAAAAUUGUAAAGAGAAAAAUUGUAUCUUAAUUUAUUGGAUUUUUUUUUUUUUUUUUUUAAAAAGGGGGAAAAAAAUAAAUCAAUUUAAACAAUGCUUGUAUGUGUAUCUCAAAUAUGGUGCAAAUGUCAACAUAAUAGGCUACAAAUGGCAAUGGAGCUGAACAUUUUUCCUUUAUAUCAUUUGUAAUUAUUAUUAUUAUUAACGCGCAAGCAGUUCUGUUCUUGUGUACGACCGGUAACCUUAAUUUACUGUGUAAAGAUGGUUACGUUUUCUUUUUUCUUUCUUUCUUUCUUUUUUUUUUUUUUUUUUAAAGCAUCCUUUUGUCAGAAACCCACUUAAGUAUGCUUAAUUACUUGUGAUAUACAGUAGCAUUAACUAUGUGGAAAUCUCAAUAUAAAUGUACAGUACAUCCAGUUGUUUAAUUUUGAUCCUAAUCUGAAGUUGUUGUGAAGCGCUUUCACGGUUUGUUUCGUAAUAGCGUAGGGUCUGUUAGUGUAUUAAUCUUAACCGUUUUAGUUGAACUUUGUCAUGCUUUGCGUUUCUUGCUACUUGCUGAGUGUUAUUAGUGUGAUGGUUGUGUUAAAUUUCCUUGUGUAAUGUUUAUUUUUUGUUUGUUUGUUUUUUGGGUUUUUUUUUUUAAUUUUUAUUUAAUUGAACAUUUGCUCCUUGUCUAUAGCUUACUACACUGUUCAAAUACUACAGCUUUCAGCAUGUGCACGACUUUGCUCUUUAGAGGCUACCUUAUCAUUUUGUUAGCUUCAAAUAAAAAUGUCUAUUUAUGCAUUUUUGGCUUGUAGUUUUUCACAAAUAAAAUGUUCAAUUUA